AUAUUUUCAUGUUAUGUAAAUUAAUAUUAUUUUUUAACACAAAUUUCUAUAUCUAAGCUAGCAACUCUGACUUUUGUUUUUGUAUAAAUUUUUUUUUUUCAUAUUGACAUGCAAAAGCAUUUAUUAAAGAAAUUCAAAAAUUAUUCUGUUUUUUUACAUAAAUAUCAAGGCCCGUCCACUGCAUAUAUGACGUAGUUGGUUCAGUGGCGUCAACGGUUGUCGUAACGUUGUAUACCUACAUAUAUGAGAAAUGGCUAAAAACAAAGCUCGCAUUGCAAACACACAUAUAUAUAUACAUACAUACAUACACACACACAUAUGGUAAGAAGGUAUUUAAUCAGAUACCAACGCACAAUUAAAAUGCAAUUAACAGUCAUAUUUUUAAUAACAUAUUUUAUGUAUAUAUGAUUAAACUAAACUGAGUAUUGAACAAGUUCUCUUUGCGUUAACAUUAAACAAAAUCGCUAAAAAAAAAAAACAGAUGUUGAGCUAAAUUUCUAAGCCAGCAACUGUUUUAUACUAUACUAGUUAUUUCAAGUUACUUUCGUUAUAGUAAUAAUGACUGAUUUAAAAUGGGUUAAGAUAUGUGUAGGAUCCGUAAUUGUUUAUCUCAUGCUAUUUGGAUUCUUGGCACAUAGCGUCUCUCUACGUAAAGGACGAUUUAAGGAUUCUCAUUUAAUGCGUUUAUAUUCAUUUGCCAUAGCGACUACUUUUACAAUGUCGUAUGGUCGGAAUAUGCUUAUUGAUUUAUUAAAAAAUCGUUUUAAUUUGGAAAAUGUUAUACAGUUAUACAGUUAUAUGAAUAUUGUAGCUGUCAUAGUAAACUAUUUAACAGCCCUCAUAUUAUCACGUACAUUUGUACGAUUUUUCAAUCGUGUUGCGCUCUAUGAAACAAUCAAAUUUUUCGAUGUGAAUGCGAAAACACUUAUUGUAUCAGUUCGAUUAGUGCUACUUAAAGGUUUACUAAUUCCAGUAAUUUAUGAAGUGACAUUGAUACUACAGCAAAUACGUAAUGCGCCGGAUAAGCAUUUACUUUGGACAUUUCAUACACUCUUGCCAAUGAUACUUUCGCAAAUGUUUCCCAAUCUUUUCUUUAGCGCGCUGGUUAUUUGUAAAACUCUAAUGGUGUCUUUAAAUGAGCGUUUAAUGGAGAUUGUCAAUGAAGUCAAUUGUUUACAGAAUAUAUUGCAAAUGAGUUUACAAAAACCGUACUAUCGUAUGCAACGCUUCUGUGAACUGGCUGAUCGUUUGGACUUGCUUGCGCAAAAAUACGAUAUCAUAUGCAAGCAAACAACAGUGUAUUUGCACUUGCUUUCGGCUCCUCUAAUAUGUUCUUUGCUUUGUAAUUUAUGCGGUAUCACGGCGGGAUGUUUCACACAAUACUUGGCAAUUGCAGAAACUUUGGUAAACAAUGAACCAUAUGACGCGUUCAAUGCAUUGACUAAUGCAGUCUUCCUUGUGAUAUCUAUAGUCGAAGUGCUCUUACAGGGACACAUUUGUGAUGAUAACAGAUUAAAGGUAAAUGUAUUAAUGUACAAUAAGAUUUUAAAUCAAUUUUCUGUAUAUAACGUUCAAUUGCAGGUUCAGGAGACUGGCUUGAUACUACAGCGCAUGAAUCUUACACACGCUGAUUUACGAUUUAAGGAAUCCGUUGAAGCGUUUUCCUUGCUGGUUUUAGUGACUGAAUAUAAAAUUCAACCUCUAGGACUAUUGGAAAUAAAUAUUUCGCUUGUUCAGGAUGUCUUGUCAGCAGUUACUAGUUUCUUACUUAUAUUCGUUCAAAGUGAUCUCACAUUACGAUUCUCACUGAAGUAGGUGAAAUUUUCGAGCAUAUUGUUUACAUACCUGACUAAAUGCCAUAAGAUUAUCGGA